AUGAGAGCCUACUGGUACGACAACGCGCCCGGCGACCAGCGCGAUGCGCACGACGCCGGUAGGGACCUGGACGCCGCGGAGCUGGAGAAGCUCGGCGUCUUGUAUUACCGAUGCCCGGAGCUGGACGGAGUGAACCAGCUGGCCGAGCAGCGCGGAUACAAGAACCGCGAUGUGAUCACCGUCAGCCCCGAGAAGAUGGGCGACGUCUAUGAGGAGAAGGUCAAGAGUUUCUUCCAUGAGCACUUGCACGAGGAUGAGGAAAUCCGGUAUAUUCGGGAUGGUCAGGGGUAUUUUGAUGUGCGGAGCAAGGAUGAUGAGUGGGUGCGGAUUCAGCUAGAGAAGGACGACUUGAUUAUCCUGCCUGCGGGUAUCUAUCACAGAUUUACGACGGAUGCCAGCAAUGUUUUCGGCGGCACUGGCCACAUGGGUCGGUCCCUAGUGAAAUGCGCCCUCUCGCGCGGUGACCUCGUAGUGGCCGUAGGCCGCACCUUUGAGACAAGCGCCGAGGACAUGGCGGCGCAGCACUUGGGUACCAACAGCCUGGGCCUGCUGUGCGAUGUGCGGGCGCGCGACUCGGUGGGACGCGUUAUCGAGCGCGCGCUUGAAAAUUUCGGCCGCAUCGACAUCGUCGCCAACUGUAGCGGCUACGGCGUCAUCGGCGCCUGCGAGGACCAGGACGAGCACGAGAUCCGCAAUCAGUUCGAAACCAACUUCAUGGGCACCCUGCAUAUCAUCCAGGCUUCGCUGCCUUAUUUCCGCUCACAGAAUGGCGGGAGGUAUCUCAUUUUUAGCAGCACAAGUGGGGCGCUGGGAGUCCCUGGGUUGGGGCCGUAUUGUGCGACUAAGUACGCGGUUGAGGGGUUGGUCGAGGCCAUGCUUUAUGAGGUCGAUGCGUUCAAUAUCAAGGCGUCGCUUGUCGAGCCUGGUUUGGUUAGGAGGGACGAGUCUGAGUCGCAGACGAACCCGCUGCCGACGUGGGGGCACUUCCUCAUCAAGCCGGCCAGUGAGGCAUAUGCGCAGGCUACUAGUCCGGCGCUGCAUGCGAAGAGGAUGGUGCAGUGGUUGGGAGAUAAGCAGCCGACGAGCGCGAUCAAGUGCGCUGAGCUGGUGUGGCAGCUGGGCCAUUGCUCGUUCCCGCCGUUGAGGCUAGUGUUGGGGAGUUAUGCUAUUGAGAGUAUACGGGAUCGGCUACGUUCAGUCACCGAAGAACUCGAGGACUGGAAACAUCUUCAUCACCCCGUUGCCCCUGACGAGGCUCAGGGUUCGACUGAAAAGGGUGAGAGGGAUGAAGAUACGGGGGAUUCAAAUACAGAGGCUCAGGAUCAGGCAAUGACUUGA